UUCCCACCUGGAUGAAGGAAAAACACAAACAUCAGCCCGAUCUAGGAUUUCUGUGUCCCUCGAGAAGGUUUCAAUGGCGUGCAUUCAACGCCCACGGUUUCUUGUUGUGUGGGCUCACUCGAAUUUUGAUUUUCCUCGUGCUUGGGCUACCGUCCUAAAAUGAACUGUACAAACGGAUGCACGGAGUGGAUAUAACACACACAUCACGGUGGGCCCCGCAGAGCCUAGGGUUACGGGAUUUUUAGUCCACGCUUUUCCUGCUCCAAUCUGCAUACUGUCGGUGUCUCACAGCAUGUGAUGAUCCAGGCCCGUUCAUCUAGCUCUUACCAUAGAUGGCUGAAGCAGGAAAAGAUCUCAUCCACACAAAUUGGCUUAGAUACAAUAACUCACCUUGGCAAAGGUGAUGAUCCCCUUUCGGCCAUUGGUCAGAUUCUUUCAAUAUUGACCGUUUGUUAUAGGAGCUUCUAGAUGGACGGUCUGAAUCACCUCUCUCGAAAUGCAGAAGAGAUCUCACUAGCAUCCAAAUGCUAACUACUAUUUGUAGAUACGCUAACCGUCAUGGAAAUCGUUUUCAUUCCUUCGCCGGUCACAUGUUCGAUGAAAUUCCCGAAAGAAGUGCCCUUAACCUGUUUGAUUCAUUGCCUGAAAGAAAUCCCUGUUUCUACAACUCUACAGUUAUUGGAUUGGCUAAACAUGGCAAUGUCGAAGAAUCACUCAAGUUGUUUUGUCGUGCUAACAGCUUGGGAAUAAGGCACACGAAGUACGCUCUCUGCAGUGCUCUUAAUUCUUGUAUGAAAGCGCUCAAUCAGCGUUUGGGUUUGCAAAUCCAUGCCAGGAUAAUUCGAAUUGGGUAUGAAGAGAAUCUCUUUCUAAACAGUGCUCUUGUGGAUUUAUAUGCGAAAUGCGAUGCGUUGGUUGAUGCUAAGAGAGUUUUCGAUGGUAUGGAAGAACAUGAUCAAGUUUCAUGGACUUCAAUUAUAUCAGGAUUCGCGCAAGAUGGGUUUGGAAAGGAGGCUUUGGAAUUCUUUAAAAAGAUGUUGAAGAGUGAGAUUAGACCCAAUUGCUUUACUUUCACCAGUGUCAUUAGUGCUUGCACAGGUCUGGAGUCGGCUUUCGAGCAAGUUGCAUUGCUUCAUGCUCAUGUUAUAAAGCUUGGGUUUGAGCCCAACAAUUAUGUCAUCAGCUCUCUUGUAGACUGUUAUGCAAAAUGUGGUAAAAUCAGAGAAGCUAUGUUGGUCUUUGAUGCAGCUGUUGAGAGGGAUGUUAUUGUUUACAACGCCAUGAUAGCAGGCUUUUCCCAGAACUUACUUGGCGAAGAGGCCUUGAAACUGUUUAUAGAAAUGCGUCAAAGCGAAACAAGUCCGACCCAUUUUACAUUUUCCAGCCUUUUGAAUGCUUGUGGGAGUCUGGCAGUGCUCCGGCUGGGGAAACAGAUCCAUUUGAUUAUUACCAAGAUGGGUUUGGAUCGAAAUGUGUUCAUCACGUGCUCUUUGGUUGAUAUGUAUUCAAAGUGCGGGAGUGUCGAUGAUGCUCGCUGCAUCUUUGAUAGCACGGUCGAACGAAACAGCAUCUUGUGGACCUCAAUGAUCAUGGGUUUUGCUCAGAACGGAAGGGUGGAAGAUGGGCUUGAGCUGUUUGAGCUAUUGGUGAAGGAUGGUGUGAAACCGGACCAUGUUUGCUUCACUGGCGUAUUGACUGCUUGCAACCAUGCUGGCUUCCUAGACAAAGGCAUAGGCUAUUUUGAUUCGAUGAGAAGUGAAUAUGGUUUGGUUCCUGACUUAGACCAAUACGCUUGCAUCAUCGAUCUUUAUGGGCGAAACGGGCACUUGAGAAAAGCUAAGGAGUUGAUGGAUUGCAUGCCUUUCGAGCCUAAUUCCGUCAUGUGGAGCUCCUUUUUGGGUUCAUGUAGAGUUCAUGGUGAAAUAGAGCUUGGAGUGGAGGCCGCGAAUCAUCUUUUGAAAAUGGAGCCUUUUAAUGCCACCUCAUAUGUAACGCUUGCGAACAUGUAUGCCGAUGUUGGUAUGUGGGAUGAAGUAGCUGAGGUUAGGAAGAUGAUGAAAUGUAAGGGACUGAGGAAGAGGGCUGGAUGCAGUUGGAUUGAAGUCGAUAAACGAGUGCAUGUUUUUUCAGUUUGUGAUAGUUCUCAUCCUCAAUGGCGAGAAAUUUACAGUGAAUUAGAUAAGCUGAUUAUGGAAAUGAGACAGUCUGAAUAUCUCCCGACGGCAAAACGAGACGUCAGUAUUGGUAAUGAGGAGUUUGACUUGUGUUGCAGUGAUGGAUGAGGAACAAAUGGAAGCAUGGAUGCAGAUGUGAAUGUGUAUAAAUGGCAGAGUAAACAGGAAAUUCAUUUGGGGCAUGUUUGGUUUUCCGAUUACAAUUGUAAAUUAUUGGAAAUGGGUAAUGAUUACUUAUUCCUUAAUUGUGACAUCA